CAUUCUCCAUCCACCAUCUCCUCUCUCUCUCUCUCCCCGCCGGAGUCAGUUGGAACAAAUCGAGCGAAAUACCCGUAAAAAUCCGGUCUUGGCGCGUUCCUCCGCUUCGAAUCCGAGGCGAUCUCGCCGCCGAGCCGCGUCCUAGGAUCUACUUUGUUUCCCCCAGCUCACAUCUUCUUGUCGUUGGUCGUCUCGGAGCACACGGGUUGGGUGUGACUGUUCAUCCGGCAUUCUGGUCGGGUCUUGGUGGCCGGGCGGAGCCGAGCGGCGUAGUUUGUCCGGUCUUCGGGAGAGAGGUCCUCCGCGGCUUGGUUCUGAUAGAUGGUGGCCAGGAUGAUGCGGUGGCCGCGCCCGCCGGCGGCGCGCAAGUUCCGCGUCCGGCUCGUCGUGCGCCGGGCGGAGGGGCUGCCGCCGCAAGCGGACCCCACGGAGCAGGAGCUGGAGGGGACCGCCGCGAAUCAGAUGGUCGCGGCGGAGGUGAGGUGGAAGGGGCCGAGGGCGUCCGGCCUGAGCUCGCUGCGGCGCGCGGUGCGGCGCAACCGCACCCGGGAGGAGGAGCUGGCCCCGGCCCCAGAUGCCGCGGCCGACGACGCCUGCGAGAUUAGAGGCGCGGUGGCGUGGGAGGAGGAGUUCGAGAGCGUCGUGACGCUCGCGGCCGCGUCGCACCGGGAGGCGGCGGCGUUCCAGCCGUGGGAGCUCGCCUUCACCGUCUUCACCGACAUGAACAAAGGCCCAAAGACUAAACCAACAAUUCUGGGGACUGCUUCCCUUAGCCUAGCUGAUUAUGCAGCAGCAGCGGAAGAGGACAUUGAGAUAAUCCUCCCGUUGUCUGUGCCAAGUGGUACACCUGAGUAUGCUCCAUCGCUUCAUCUCACUCUGAGUAUGGUGGAACUGAGAGCUCUUCAAGAAACCUCCGAUGCUUCGCAACGAUCUGCUGUUGCCACUCCGUUAUCUCCAUCGUCUUGUGAUUCUCUGCCUGGAGGAAAAGAUGAGGGCUCAGUCAUUAAAGCUGGGCUGAGGAAGGUGAAAAUCCUCAAGGAUAUGGUGUCGACUCGAAGGUCCAAGAAGACGUUCCAGAGCGAUGAAGGCAGUGAUGAUAAUUGCUAUGUUCACAGUGAUGGUGCUGAAUAUCCAUAUGGUACUGAGCCUGUGGAUGAAGAUCUGGAUGAUAGAACACAUGAAGAUGAAGUUGCAGAUCCAACCAUCAGGAAGUCAUUCAGUUAUGGCUCUCUGCAGUCUGUCAACCAUGUUGGUGGCCUAGUUCAUGCACAUGCAACGAUUGAUGGCGAUCAUGAGGACUGGGUCUAUUAUAGUCACCGAAAAUCUGAUGCCGGUUACCAUGUAGAGGAACCGCAGUCAUCAACUGCUGAGAAAACUGUGUUGCCUGCUGCCAAGCGGAGUAUCCUUCCUUGGAGAAAGAGGAAGCUGAGUUUGCGGUCAUUAAAGGCUAAAGGCGAACCUCUGUUGAAGAAAGCAAAUGGAGAAGAGGGAGGUGAUGAUAUUGACUUUGAUCGUCGGCUGCUAACACCUUCCAAUGGAUCAGAGGGUUCGAGUGAAAAUGGAUCAGUUAAUGGUAUGAUGUCAGAAUUCGGCGAUGACAAUUUUGUUGUGGGGAAUUGGGAAUCAAAGGAGGUGCUUAGCCGUGAUGGCCACAUGAAGCUUUCUUCCCAGGUUUUCUUUGCAUCGAUCGACCAGAGAAGUGAGCGAGCUGCUGGGGCUAGUGCAUGCACGGCACUUGUGGCAGUUAUCGCAGACUGGUUCCAAGCUAAUCAGGAUCUGAUGCCCAUCCAGUCGCAGUUUGAUAACCUGAUCCGUGAAGGAUCACUGGAGUGGAGAAACCUUUGCGAGAACAAGACAUACAGAGAGCUUUUUCCUGACAAGCAUUUCGAUCUUGAGACUGUCCUUCAUGCCAAGAUCCGCCCACUCACAGUCUCCCCCAGUAAGUCAUUUAUUGGAUUCUUCCUACCUGAAGGGGCUGAUGACAUGAGAGGGUUUGACUUCCUAAAUGGUGCAAUGUCCUUUGAUAACAUCUGGGAUGAGAUCAGUCAGGCAGCGGAGUUCUCAUCCAGUGAAAACCCUAACCUAUACAUAGUGAGCUGGAAUGACCACUUUUUUCUCCUCAAGGUUGAGCGUGAUGCAUAUUACAUCAUCGACACCCUUGGAGAAAGGUUCUAUGAAGGAUGCAACCAGGCAUACAUUUUGAAGUUUGACAACAACACCACGAUCCACAAUGUAUCUGGUGAAAAGAAAACAUCCAGCCCUGACUCUAGUGGACCUUUGAAGGAUUCUUCAGGGAGCUCCUCCCCUGGGCAGGACAGCGAAGAUGACAUUGAAGAGAACAUACUUGUUUCCAAGGGCAAGGAAUCAUGCAAAGAAUACAUCAAGAGUUUCUUGGCGGCCAUACCGAUCAGGGAGCUGCAGGGCGACAUCAGGAGAGGGCUGAUGGCAUCAACACCACUGCACCACCGCCUCCAGAUCGAGUUCCACUACACCCAAGCAUCCCCACAGGAGGCUUCCUCGCCCCCUCAAGCUCUCGCCAUUGAAGCCCCUUUUGAGUUCUCCUGGCCUGAUCCACCACCGGCCAUGGAAGUGGCCCUAACACAUGCGGUUGCUGUGGCAUAGCUUGCCAGUUGCCACUACGUUGGCUGAGACCUGACGACAUCCUGCUCGACAUCAACUUGAAGAGCUUCUUUUUUUCCUUGGGCCAGCGCAUAUGGAGGGAAACCUACUCAAAAGAAUUUGUUUCCAUUUUUGUUUGUGCUCAUCUAAUGUCUAAUAUGACCUGCUAGUAUAGAUGUCCCUCAAGGUAUCAGAGCAUUUUCCCUGCAUUUUGUACAAAGAGGCGAUUGCUCCUACCUAUCAUGUAUUAACCAACUGAUUUCUGUAAUCAUGUGUAACCUUGUACUACUAAUCAAUGAGUAAUGCCCUUAUGUUAAUUAA